AUGAUACCAAUCGGCGUCGAGCCCCUCGAGCACUGCGCGUCUUCCCCUGUCCUGUCCCAACCAACUGCGUCCAGAUGCCGUCCUGCAUUAGCUACCCCGUCAUUGGCUCGCCAGCUAAUUGUCCUGUCCCCUAGCUGCGAUGGCUGCCGCAAAGUCAAAGAGAGGUGCGAGGGUGGCAUGCCAUGCCGCCGCUGCACUCAUCUGAAGCGUCCCUGUGUAUUUUCCGGGGCCACCUCCAAAUUUGCCACAGCUGGUGGUGAGGACACUGUCCCCGGCUCCGGUGUAACAACAACGCCCCGGCCCAUCUCCGAGCAGACACCCGAAGAACUCCAGCAGCUUGUAGGUAAUUUGCAAAGGAUUGUCUCCCACUAUGUCGGCAACAUCAAUCUGGAUGCCGAUGGCCUAAAGAGACUAGCCGAUGCUGUUAGUCAGGGCCUACCUCCACACGAGGCCUCCCGUGAUGAUGGCAUUACCUACAGCUCCUCGGACAGUGCGGAUGACGUGAAGCUCGACGAUAUCACCGUCCAGCCUCUUGAGAAUAAUGUCACCCAUUACUCCGGAGAGUUUUCCCAUUGGAACUUUUCCAUGCGUAUCAAAAAUUGGAUUGACCAAUCCGGACCCUAUCGAACUGAUGCCCCCGAUGCUCCCAAGAUCAGGGAAUUCUAUCGCAUAGAGGAGCUCCAGAGCCCUUCCGAUGCCUCCAAGCUACUAUCAAGUUGCCCUCCCCGCGGCAUUGCCGACUUCCUCACACGGGUCUUUUUCAACCACGCCGAGUCUAACUAUUUCUUUAUUGAUCGGACAUGGCUGAAUAGAAAGCUGGAUGUUAUUUACGAUAGCCCUUCAUCACUCACCCAAAGAGAUGUCCCGACUCUCUGCAUCGUAUUCAUGGUUUUUGCGGUUGGUACGCAGUACGCUUAUCUGGAUUGUCGAACAAGCAAUGGCGGUAGGGAAGACCAAAAUAUGUUUUCAGAGGAUAAUGUUGGCGUCACUCUAUAUCAAGAUGCGUGCAGAUUACUCCCCGACGUCAUCACGAUAGCGUCGCUUGAGAGUGUCCAAGCAUGCCUUCUCAUUGGGCUCUACACACUGCCUUUGGACCCCUCGGGGAUAUCCUGGGUUUACUUGAAUCUCGCCUCAAAGGUUGCAAUACAAAACGGUAUGCACAGGAAGGCCCCGGACCAGGCUUUGCAUCCCUAUACAAGCGAAACGAGGAACCGAGUAUGGUGGACUCUAUAUCUGCUGGAAAAACGAGUUGGUACCCUUCAUGGCCGACCACUUUCUAUCUCUAGCGGAGAGAUGGAUGCCGACUGGCCUGUUGAGAGGCCCGAGAUCUGGCCCGGCUCUCCACCGACUAACACGUCCUUCUUAAUUGCGACUCUGCACCUGGGAGAAUUUCUUGGACAGGUUUCGAAAGAGAUUGCUCGCUUCAAAACGCAAAAUAAACAGAUCACACUUGAUGUCCUGACAAGGCUGGUCAAGAUAAAGGAAGACCUUCACAAAUGGUGGCAGUGUCUUCCUGAUAAUGUGUCAUAUCCUGGGCUCAUGGCGGGCAUGCCCGUGCCACGUGCUGCUCUUCAUCUACGCCUUGAGUUUUGCAUGGUACGCAUGUAUGCUGGACGACUCUUCAUUGUACCAACCAACAAGCCAACCGAUAGUCUGGUACCCUCCUCCUCCCACUCGGCCACAGACGAACCGAGCCCCAGGACAAAGGUUGCCUCGCAGACUUCUCAGCAGAGACGCCAGCUCUUGGUGGCCGAUUGCGUCGACGCGGCCCUGUUCGUCGUGGACACUUGCCGCCUGCUGAAUAAUAGUAUGGGUCUCGCGCGAGCAUCGUAUACCGAAUUCAGCACUCUCCGUAUCGCGCUGCUUGUCAUCCUCUCCCAGUUUCUGGCCAAGCGCAACAGGACGGAUUACUUGCGGCAGCCCCUGUGGGAGGGCUUGCAGAUGCUGAAGAGCAUGUCCAACUGGGGUGCCUCGGCACGAUUCGACGCAUCGCUCAUUGAAGCGUUUGAGCACGCCAUUGCAAGGAUGGAGGAUGGAAACAACCAAGUCCAGGCUUCCAGCCAGGCGGUCGAGUCCAGCUACGAGAUGUUCAAGAGAUGGGAGAGCGCAUGGAAGACAGGCAGUAGUAUGAAAGUCCAGCCGGCUCCAACGGACCAUUCUUCGACGGGCGUACCGGAGGAGUUGGCUGCAGCAUCUUUCUCGACUGCAGGUGCGCUUCCGCCACUCGACACAACACCGGGAGGGACAGCCUGGGGUGCCGAUCCUGGCACCGUGGCUAGGCUACGACCAGACAGCGCAGACACCAGUGUGCCACCGGAUACGGCAUCUACUUUCGGGAUUGAUUGGAAUUACUCGACGAUGCCCGUCCUCGAAGGCCUCUCGGCCAUGCUUGAAGAGGGUUACGGGUUCGGUGUGGACAUGGACGGCAAUCCCCAUCCUCAGCAGCACCACCAGCAACAGCACCCGCAAUACCAUCCCCGUCAUCAUCAGGGGCACCAGGGUGCCACGGGGCGACCGGAUGUGGGAUAA